UCUCCAUAUCGAUCACACGCACAAGAAGAAAAACAAGCUAGCUAAAUGGGUUUGGAUGAUGGGUGCAACACAGGCCUUGUUCUUGGGUUAGGCUUCAGUCCAACCUCUACUUCUCCAUCAAAGUCUAAUAAUACUACACCCAAGAUUAUGAAGCAUGCAGUAUCCCUCAAGUUUUAUGAAAUUGAACCGUCCACUCUGACACUGGGCCUAUCCGGUGAUCAUCAUCAGUUCGGAACCAGCAGAAAGAAUAAUAAUAUCCCUGAAGAGUCUAGUAAUGGUGAGUUGUACCGUCAGACUUCCUCUCCUCACAGUACUAGUGCCGUUUCAUCGUUUUCGGUGAAGAGGGAGAGAGCCCUUAGCGGUGAAGAGAUAGAGAUCGAGAGGGUUAGUGAGGAAGAUGAAGAUGGUAGUAAUGCAAGAAAGAAACUAAGGCUCACCAAAGAACAAUCUGCUUUCUUAGAGGAAAGCUUUAAGCAACACAGCACUCUCAAUCCUAAACAGAAGCAGGCUUUGGCAAGGCAGUUGAAUCUACGGGCACGACAAGUUGAAGUGUGGUUCCAAAACAGGAGAGCCAGGACAAAGCUGAAGCAAACAGAGGUGGAUUGUGAGUUAUUGAAGAAGUGCUGCGAGACGCUGACAGAUGAGAACAGAAGGCUACAAAAGGAGCUCCAACAGCUUAAAGCACUCAAAUUGGCACAACCCUUUUACAUGCACAUGCCGGCGGCCACUCUCACCAUCUGCCCUUCUUGUGAAAGACUCGGCGGUUCUGAUCACGGUGGCGCAACCAAAGCUCCAAAGCCUCACUUCUACAAUCCCUUCAAUAAUCCUCCCGCAGCUUGUUGAAACUUGAAAUUCAAGUACAAUGUCAAAUUAGAAACAGAUAAAAAUGAAUUUUAUAUAUAGACUCUCAUGAGGACCGAUCCCUCUAUUUUUUUUGUUAGGGGUUAAAUAUUGUAUUAGCUAGUGUAAUUAUUUAACUUGUCUACAAAAUUCAGU